UGAAACGUAAACAAGAAAUUAUAUCACGGACCCCGAUCGUUAUUUCCCGAUUUUAAACAGCACAUAAUGCCAAGAAAAAGAAGAAAGCCGACAGUUUGCCAAAGAAGGAAAUACUAUUACAUGAACCAACAAAAGCUAGAUAUGAUCAAUAAAAACCAACUUACUUGCUCAAAACCAGCAGUUAAUAUAGGGAAUGAGAGAUUAUCUGAGAGUGAAGAUGAGAUGCCUUUAAAUUAUCCCACACGUCUGAUGUGUAGAGGUAAAGUCAACGAUUGUGGACUUUGUAAUGAGGACGGACAAUACACAUGGAAGAAUGGUCGAAUUAUACUCCAGCUUGUUAAUGGAUCCUGGACAAUCAGUGUAGAAUAUGAAGCUAUUCAGAAAUAUGUAGCACUAUCUUCAAACAUUAUCUGUGGUCUCUCCUGUACGUCUGAACUCAUGAUACAGUUAUGUCCAAGUGGAGGCUCUACAGAACAUUGUAUGAUGUUUUACUUCAAACCACAUGCCAGUAACGAGGAAAAGGACAUGAUGAAGAGGUUGUAUAAGAAACUGUUACAGAUUCAAAAGGGAAAGAGUGUACAGCCAGAUCAGAAUAAAACCGUAACCAACAGACCACCAUUAAAACAGAUAGAUGUACACCAUGGUAAACCACAAGACAAUCAAAAUAAACAACUACCAUCAAAUACAAGCAAAAUGCAAAAACCAAGAAACAGACUAUCAACAGUGGCUUGUAGAGGAAAAAUUAAGUGUUUUAGAAGUGACCCUAGCAAGUUACCAUGGAGAAGUGGGUCACUCUUUAUAGAACGUUAUGAAGGCAAAUGGACCUUGACCUUGGACUAUGACAUCAGACAAAGUGUCACACAGAAAUGUUACGAGCUCAGUCCAGAUACUAUAAAAACCGUUUACUGUUUCACCCAACUUAGAUUAACCUUAGACUUUGGUAAAAAUAGUCUUUUAUACUUCCAUCUUAUUCCAAUGAAAUCUGUCGAGGAAGAGAAAAUGAAGAAUGUUUAUGAAAAGUUUUUGGAAAUUCAGAAGAGGAACCCUGUCCCAACAGUAAUAGAGAACAUGUCUGACCCCGAAGAUGAUUCUUUUAAUGAGUAUGAAAUUGCACCAACCCAGUGUAAAGUUCUACCAGGGAGAAUAUCUCCAAGACAACAUAAAGUUACAUCAAUGCCAGGGAGAACAUCUCCAAUGGAAAUUACAUUAAAUCAGAAUCAGGAUAAAGAAGCACUAGAACAUGUUGAAAUUUCACCAUCUGAAAUGGAAAUAGCAGCUGACUCAGAGACGGAAAUAGCAGCUGACACAGAGACAGAAAUAUCAGCUGACGCAGAGACAUCUUAUAUCCCAACAUGCCAAAAUGUCAUUUCGACGGACACAGACUCUAGUAGCAAGGUGCACCUUACACAGCUGACAAUCCAACUGAAAUGUAGUGGAAAAAUGAAGCUGACGGGUGAAGAAUUAAGUUUGCCUAAAUGGAGAGAUGGAACGCUAAGAAUGAAGUGUGUGAAUGGAUCCUGGGAUAUGGAUUUAGAUUACUAUGUUAUAGGAGGUGGAAUGAUAACUAUAAACUAUAAUAUUUCUACAAGAGUUAUAAUAAAGGUUAUAUGUAAAAGUCAACUGAUCGUGCAGUUAAAACCUGCCGACAGCCUGCCUGUUACAGUUCGUCUGAAGCCUCAUACACUAAAUGACAGAAAUAAUAUGAUCAAAAUGUUUCAUAAACUAUUGGAGAUUCAGAGGACAACAGAGAAAGUGAACCAACCAGUGAUCAGUAAUAAAAGAUGUGUCUCUAAUCUAUCUCAUCAGGAAUCCAGAGAGGACACCAGUGGGAAAAGAAUGAAAACUUUGCCUGAUCCAAGUGAGGGCCUGACAGUUAUUCAAGCAGGAACAACACUGAAUGAGGAGCUAAUUAGAGUUCUUGAAAGAGCCUCCACAAAACCAACAAUAAUUCAAGCUUGCCGUGAGAAUGCUCAGGACUUAAAUGAGGAAGAUAUGAAGAACAUUGGUGAUUUGUGUAGAAGCUGUAAACAUGAUAAAAUACUUGUAACACAUGGGACUGCUAAAGUAGGGACAUCUGCUGAAUUUCUUGCAAAACAGGAUUUACAUAAAACUAUUUUACUAGCUGCAGAUAACCUUGAACUUGAAGCUGAUUUUAAUGUUGGAUUUACACUUGGAGUAUUACAGUGUUUAUCUGACAGAGAUAUUUAUAUUAUUAGAGAUGGAAAAUUGAUUCAUUGGUCAAAAAUGUCACAUGAUAUAGCCUAAGCAUAUUCAUUGGUUCAAAGCUGAUUGUCAAAUGAUACAGGAUAAGCACAGUCAUUGGUUCAAAACUGAUAUUUACUAGAUACAGCCUCAGCAAAGACGAUUGUUGCAUGAUACAGGAUAAGCAAAUUCAUUGGAUCAAAGCUGAUAGUCAGAUGACACAUACUGAUUAUGCCACAUUAUUACAUUCUUCACACAAACAUAGAUAUGAAUUUUUACAUAAUACAGACCAAACAUGUUAUAAAUUAGAUGUAAAAAGUCACAAGCACAAAUUUUUCAUAUCAGUUCUUAUUUUUUUAAUUACAAAAACAAAGUAUUGCAUUAUCUAUAGAAUCAUCAAAGAGGAGGAGAGGAUAAGUCUACUUUUGAUUAAACAUUUGAGCAGACACUAAGUGGCAGAAAGUGCCACGAAAUAUAGAUCUGAGUACAUGAUUCAAUGUUGAUUAAAAUAUAACUUGCAUGACCUGAAUUAGUAUAUAAAUUGCAUUAAAUACUGCUAUUA